AGGAGAGAUGUCUCGGAAGACAUCCUGAGCGCAGAGGAGGACGUGCUCCUCGCUUCCAGUCAGGACUCUGCACGCUCUUCGACAACAAUACCGGUGAGCGCUAAGCCUAGCGAUCCCGACAAUACCCCAUCUUCCUCAAAGGCAGCGUUGAGUGCUCCAGGGAGCACUCCAAAGCAAGAAAGGAGGAAAACCAAGUCCUCGGGGGUGGCGCUCAGGUCGAGGUACAACAGGGCUGUCUUCAUUCUUGACAAGAUUGCCAAGAAUGCAGCGGCCGGUACUGUACACCCCAAGGAUGAAGAAGACAGUCGCAGGUGCAAUGAAGUGGUGGAGGAGUACAGGAGGUACCUUACUUCAAAACCAACCAAGAAGCCUGUGGCAGUCAAACGAAGUAGACCUAAGGAGGAGUCUACAACAGAACCAGCUGGAAAAAGGGCGGACACAAAAAGCACGCCCCAGCAAGAAGAAACGUUGGCGAAACGACGGCAGCGGUAAGCCCGUUCAGGAGAGGUGGGUCGAGAUCGAGUCAAAACUCUCUGAACGGGUGGGCGACUACCUGUUUGAAAAUCCGGACAACCCUAUUCCAGGAUUUGACUCCAGUGAGUCCCUGAGGGGUUGCCGGAUUUUCAAAUGUAGAGAUGAGUUCUCUAGGGAAUUCCUCGGCAAGUGCGUAGCCGAGCUCGGCAACGCCUGGGAGGGUUUGAAGUUCAAACUAAUCCCUGCCGAGGAGGUACCUAGGAAACCCAGGGCCCGCAUUUGGCUGCCGAAGAUGGCUAUGGAUAGCGACAAGUUGAUCCGCUUCCUGCAACGGCAGAAUCCAGAAAUACCCAUGAGUGACUGGGUAGUCAUUCGUGCAGAAAAGCCUCUAGAGGGCGCGCAGAGUUCUUCGUACCUUCUGAGGCUUAACGAAGAAAGUAUUGGGCCAUUGCAAAAAAUGGACAACAAGCUGCUCUUCGGGGUGAGAACAGCGAAACUAAAAAUAUUCCGCUCCAAUGAGCCGAUUCCAGAGGCUGAUAUCGAGGAUGCCAACCAGAUGUUGGGCGAUAUGAACCUCAAGGUUACCGCGGACGAAGAGGUCGCUGAAGAUGCCAACCAGGUGCUGGCAGGCACAGGGCCAGUUAACAAUGCCGAGAAAGUCGAUGAAGGUGGUCCAGGCAAAUCUUAGGCACUCUAAGGCUGCCUCGGACAAGCUCCUGGUCUUCCUAAG